GACUACACAUCCCACAAUCCCUAUCGGUUGGAGACUGUUGUCAAGCGGUGGUUAUGGAGAUGGUGAAGAGGAGCUAGCGCCCGCAGGGGUCUGCAAACCUCCAGCAUGCCACACAAGAUAGGGUUUGUUGUGGUCAGCUCCUCUGGCCAUGAGGAUGGAUUUAGUGCCAAAGAGCUGAUGGUUCAUGCUCCUACAGUCAGCGGCUGGAGAUCCCCAAAGUUUUGUCAGUAUCCUCAGGAGAUCGUCAUCCAAAUGGUAGAGAGAUGCCGGAUCCGGAAGCUGCAGCUGCUUGCUCACCAGUACAUGAUCUCCUCCAAAAUAGAGUUUUACAUAUCGGAAAGUCUGCCUGAAUACUUCACCCCUUACCAGACCGAGCGCUUUCGUAGGUUGGGGUAUGUAGCGCUGUCAGAUAAUGAAAAGACUGGAUACAAGGCCCGAGAACUGAAGUCCGUCUACGUGGAUGCCGUAGGGCAGUACCUGAAGCUGAUCUUUCAUAAGAACUUUAGUAAUAGAUAUAAUCUCUACAAUCAGGUUGCACUUAUAGCAAUAAACAUAAUUGGGGACCCCGUGGACGAGAAUGAAGAAAACCUGCCGACAAGAGAUAAACUUAUUGAUCAGUACCUGGGGAGCAGCCUGGAGGACGCUGCCAUCGAUACAACACAUACUGGGAAACAUGACACCAUUUCACCACUUGAUGACUUGGCGUUUGAUAUGUACCAGGAUCCAGAAGUCGCACAAAUAAUUCGCAAGUUGGAUGAGAAGAAGCAGGAGGCGGUCCACCAUGAGCACUAUGACUAUGCCAAGAAGCUCAAACAAGCCAUUGCUGAUCUGCAGAAGGUCGGGGAACGUCUCGGGCGAUAUGAAGUGGAGAAACGCUGCGCUGUGGAGAAGGAAGAUUAUGAUUUAGCCAAACAGAAGAAACAGCAGAUGGAAGAAUAUCGCCUGAAGGUCUACCAGCAGUUAGAGCUGCACGACCUCCUGGACAUUGCCCUGAUACGUAGAGCUCCUGAGCCAUCUCUGGACCCACUGGAGCAUGUAACCAGCCCCCAGCCUCAGCUACAGCACAAAGCAGCAGCCUCUCCCCCGCCAGACAAAGUGAGAAGUACAGACAAGAAGAAUAAGGAGAAAAGGGAGCGGCAAGUGGCACCCGAAAAACAACCGAAAGUCACCUCUCCUAAGCCUGCUCCGCAGCAUCGUUCUCCAUCUCCUCCUCCAGCCGCAGCUGUUCCCAGCGUCAGUGUUGAUGCUUUACCCUAUGACGAGCGACCUCUUCCAGCUCAGAAGAAGCAGAAUGAUGAUUCAUUUAAUUACCUGGAGUCCGAAAUAAAUGACGAUGUUGUUGAGGAUACCCCCAGGAGCAGGAUCACCGGUGAGCCAGAGCCACUGACCGAGAAAGCGUUGAGAGAGGCUGGAUUUGCCAUUGAAGUCUUCGGUGAAGCUUUGGUUGCAGGAGCCUAUUCUAAGACUUGGUCUUACAGAGAAGAUGCCUUAGUAGCCGUGUAUAAGAAGCUGUCAGACGUGCCCACAACAACCUCCAAAGACGAUUUAAAGAAUAUGCUGAGGGCAGCAGUUUUCCUUAUUCGAAGAGCGAUCAAAGACAAAGUAUCUUCAGUUUUCCAGGCCUCGCUCAGACUGCUGAAAAUGAUUAUAACUCAUUAUAUUCCCAAACAUAAACUGGGCAAAGGUGAAACGGUGCACUGUGUGGAGAAAACGCUUCCAGAUCUGCUGUCCAGAACAGGCGAUACUGCCAGCAGGCACAGGGUGAUGGCAUCCAACUUCAUUCAGGAGAUGGCGCUGUUCAAGGAAGUAAAGCCCCUACAGAUCAUUCCAGUUAAUCUGGUUCAACCAUUGAAAGGAACGCUACCAUCAAGACUAGCCUUAAGCCAAGUAGAGCUUGUGGAAAACCUGUUGAAGGAAAUGGGCACAGACAAUUCUGGGUUCACCGUUGACAACGUCAUGAAGUUUGCUUUAGGUGCACUGGAUUACACAACUGCAGAAGUGCGUGACAGAGCAGUGCGGAUUAUACUCUACUUGUACCAGCAGAAUCGCGCGCAGGUUCUCGAGCACAUGCCAACUGAUGACGCCACCAUGCGCAAAAACAUUCUGUAUAAAACCCUGUUUGACGGAUUUUCCAAAAUUGAUGGCAAACCCACAGAAUCUGAACUUAAGGCACAGAAGAAGGCGGCAGCAGAAGAAGCAGAACGGAGGAAGAAAGAGGAGAUUCGAGCUCUUCAGGAACAGCUGGCAGCCCUUAAGGAGAUGCAGUCUGAGGUUCAGGCUGGCAAGGGGAAGGAACAAAUACCAAAAACAAAAGUAGAUGCCAAGAAGUUAUCCAUGUCUCCAAACGACGAAGCUCUAGAUGACCAGUCCUCCGUUACUAACUACUUAGAUAAUUUAUGCAUCUUCUGUGGGGAAAGAGAUGAGUCAUUCACCGAGGAAGGCUUGGAUCUCCAUUACUGGAAACACUGCCCAAUGCUGAAACGUUGUGAACACUGCAAGCAGGUUGUGGAAAUCGCCAGUCUGACGGAUCACCUUCUGACCGAGUGCGAUCACAAAGACUUGUUUGGCAAAUGCCAGCGGUGCUCUGAGGCCAUAUCUAAGGAUCACCUGCUGGAGCAUGUCAAGUCCAAGACAUGUAACCCUGCUAAAGGAGAAAAAAUUGCAAACCGCUGCCCCUUAUGCCACGAAAACUUCAUACCAGGAGAAGAGGCUUGGAAAUCUCACCUAAUGGGGAAGGAUGGAUGCAAAAUGAAUCCUCGCAGGAUACUGGCUCUUCAAAGAACCCAGGCAGGAGCACAAGCCGCACCUAAAGCCGGAGGGUCAACUAUAACAAAAACAGGGACUACAGGAGCCAAGCCACGUCCAUCUAUCGCUGGCAGUAAGAUCCCUGCCCCAAGGGCUGGUCUGAAUAAAACUACAAGCAAACCGCUGCCGAAACGGUGACUGAAGACUCACGUGACUCUGGGUCCAAGAGGAUCCAAAACAGCCUCUCUGCUUGGUCAAAGCCCUUAAUGUUUGUAUCUCCAUAUCUCCUACUACUGGUACUGACUGCGAGAGGUCAUUCAGUCAUAUUUAAUAUGGUGGGAAACAAGAGAAGCCGUCGUGUUCAACCUCUAAUCAUGCAAUAAUGUCAUUUGUACACGUCGCACACACGGAUAGAGCCGGCGCUCGCUUUUAUAUAUUUAUUAUUCUCUCAAAAGAGGCAAAUAUCCACAAGGCCCAUGUUAUAGAAUAUUACACAUUUAGAUUUUAUGCCCAUGUCUUAGGGUACUUUCCCACUUGCGUUGUGAAGAUCCGGCAGGCAGGUCCAUCGCCGGAACUGCCUGCCGGAUCCGGAAAUCCGUGUGCAAACGGAUAGCAUUUGUGGAUCCGUCUAAGAAAUGCAUUAAAACACCAGAUCCGUCUCUCCAGUGUCAUCCGGAAAAACGGAUCCGGUAUUUUUUUUUUUUGCAUUUUUAAAGGUCUGCGCAUGCGCAGACCGGAA